AUGGUAUCUACUUGGCCACCAACUACUUAUGUCAAUCGAUCAAUGCAAAUGAUAAAUAUAACUGACAAGAAUGACAUUCGUACAUUAUCUGAUUAUCAUCCGGAUUUGAAGAGUUCUUCUUUGAGUAUGAUCAAUAGUUUCUAAAUAUUAACUUAGUCAUUUUUUUAUUUAAAGAAUAAUCAAAGUAAAAGAUAUUUAUUUUUACAUACUACUUGUGAAUUUCUUUUAUGAGAACAAUAUGAGAAUUUAUCGAAUAGUUUUACUUGUUACAUUUAAUAAAAAGAGAAAACGAAUUUUUAACUUCCAUUAUGAAAUCUUUAAAUUAUUUUGUAUGAAUUUCUAAAAUAUGAUAGUAGGGUUUCAAUCAUAGAUGGAAUCGAUACUGAUACGCACUUCUGUCCGUUUAAUCUAUAUUAUUUACUUUUCUGGUUUUAACUUAUAAACUUAUUCGAAACUUGUGAAUCUUAAAGUUAUCUCAUACAGAAUACAUAAGAGAAUUUCGAAGGAAAUUGACUAUAUCAAUUACUUAUAUCCAAUCAUAGAGUCGAUAUCAGUAUCAGUACUAACUACAGAUCGGCCGAUCAUGUUCAGUCUGAUCUGUUUAAAUCGAUACUGAUGGUCAAAAAUCCAAAGCAGUUCCGUCUCUAAUUUUAGUCAUAUUUCAUAUCAAUUAUUUUUAAUUAUCAAAAAAAAAGAAUUUUUAUAUUGCAUUUUAUUUAGAACAAUCGGAUCAACAGAUCUAUAAAGUAGACAUGGCGCCCGUCUUUCAAUCUUUUCUCUUCUUCUUCUCGAUAGUGGGUUGGCUCGGUGCAGUGCCAUAUAUCCACUAUAAUCAAAUCGAAUAGCAAUCGUAUUCUUUUACAAAUGCUCGUUUAAUCACAUUUAAAACUACUUUAAUUAAGGGUAUUACUAAUUUAUGCAAACAGCACAAACAUUUAACUUUGUAAAACCGCAUAUAAGUCAUCUUGACAAACACCCACAUCUUGGAGAGUUAUGCACACAAACACCCACUUUACACGAGUCCUAGAAAAAAUAAACCGUCCACAAACACCAAAAAAUGACCUCUCUCAACACAAACACCCAGGAUCUCUCUUAUGAUCCACACAAACAUCCCAACGUGUCUUGACAAACAUCCAGAGAACUUCAUAAGCAACAUUCUGACAUGAAUAAGUGCUAUCCCUGAAUAACUUUUCUUGAUAAACCUUCCUUUAGAAACAUCUCUUAAUAUAAAGAAAAUCCUUAAAAUAACUAAAAAUGCAUGAAAACAAGAGAAAAAAUAUAAAAACAUCUAUAAAUAUAAUGUUCGAUGUGUGUGUCGGUCUGUGUCGGAUCAAAGGUUAAAGAUCAAAUAAGGCUAUAAGAGGGCUACUUCCCAAGGCAUUAUAUAGGGACCAUAGGCCCUCAAGGCCUAUCCUAUGGGAGUAUUCAUAGCUCCUCAAGCGCUAUCCAGUAAGGGUGCCCAUAUAUCCACAAAAGCUAUCCUGUGGGCAACCAUAGGUCCUCAAAGGCUAUCCUAUUAGGGUAUGCAUGGGUUCACAAGAGCUAUCCUGUGGGGUACCCAUGGGGUCUCAAGGGCUAUCUUAUGGGGCACCUAUAGGUCCACAAGAGCCGCCCUGCCCCGAUACCCACCCAGGCCAAAGAAAACGGUGUCGUAAACGACCGUAAACGGCGAAAAACAGCGC